CCCUAAAUUCACAUAAAUACCUUAAGGAUCUUUUAUAUAAUUCAAUAAAAUAUCUAAUAAGUUAGGGUUCUUCAUCGCUUGACCGAAAAUCUCAAUUUCUCUCUCAUCUCUCAACACUUCGAUUUAUCUCAAGCUUCUCCGUCUGAUCUCAAUUUCUCUCUCGUCUCUCAAUGUUGUCGCCGUAUUUGAUCGUUUAAGAUCUCUCCCUUCUGGUGCUCUCUUUGAUUUCGUUCUUAAGCCUCACUCUCGAUUGUUCUUCAAGUUUGAGGUUGGCGAAGCAGGGCUAUGUAUAACGGUAUUGGAUUACAGACUCCUAGAGGGUCUGGCACUAAUGGUUAUAUCCAGACGAACAAGUUUUUUGUGAGGCCAAAGACUGGAAAGGUUGCUGAAAGCACCAGAGGAUUUGAAGAAGAUCAGGGCACUGCUGGAGUUUCUAAGAAACCUAAUAAAGACAUUCUCGAGCAUGACCGCAAGCGUCAGAUUGAACUCAAACUUGUCAUACUUGAGGACAAGCUCAAUGACCAAGGCUAUACAGAGAAGGAAAUUUCUGAAAAGUUGAGGGAAGCUCGCGAGAAUUUGGAAGCUGCUUCUGGUUCUGAGGAAAAAGAUGGAUCCUCUGCCAUUGUUCUUGCUGAUAAGAGGGUAUCAGAUACACAGACUCACCAGAUUGCUGCAAGAAAGGAGGAGCAGAUGAAAACAUUGAGAGCUGCUCUUGGGUUGGGUUCAUUGGAUGAUGGUGAACAGGUUAAAGAAGAGAUUUCUGAUCCAUCAAGGAGUAGAAGAGAGGGUCAGAAUGCUGAUAUUAAACGUCAUGAGAAGUCUGAACACUCUUUUUUGGACAGAGAAUUGAACUGGAAAAGGCGUGGCACUGAAGAUCAGUUUGAUGAUAAGGAUGUCAAAAAGGGGGCUUCGAAAGAGUUGAAAGGUCAUCAAAAGGAUAAAAAAAGAAGACCCAAGGAUGAUUCUUCUGACGCAGAUUCUGGUGAGCAUAAGGGAACCAAGAAGAACUUGAGAGAUAGUAGAAGGAUUGAUUCUGAAAGUGAACUUGACAUUGAUGUCAACAAUAAAUACGUCGCCUCAAGGAAGUCUAAAAAGAAUAGAAGGCAUGAUAGUGACGAUUCUUCUGGAACUGAUUCUGGAGGCGAGCACAAGGUAACCAAGAAGCACUCGAGAAAUAAACGGAAAGAUGAUCCUGAAAGUGACUCAGACAGCGAUCUUGACCAGAAAUAUUUGACCUCGAGGAAGCAUAAGAAAAACAGAAGGCAUGAUAGUGAUGAUUCUUCUGAUAGUGAUUCUGGUGGAGAGCACAAGAAAACCAAGAGGAGUGUGAGAAGUAAUCAAAGAGGUCAUGGAAGUGAUCCCGACAGUGACGUUGACAAGAAACACACCUCAAAGAAGCAGAAGAAAAGCACAAGGCAUGAUAGCGAUGAUUCUGAUUCCUUUACAGAUGGUGAUAAGAUUGGGAUGGACAGUCACCAGAAAGGAUCUGGUCGACAUGAAAGUCAAAAGGUGAAGAAGCAAAGAAGCCAGAAACAGGAUUCUACUGAUGAAACCAAUUCUGACAGUGUGGUUGAAGAUAAACACAGGCAACUGAAGCACAAAAACCAGCAUGGUAAAAGAUAUGGAGAAAGUGACAGCUCUGACCAUGACAGUUCUGAUUCUGAUGUAGGUCGCAAGAAGAGUACGCAUAGGUUUCACAGUAAACGUACAGGAAAGAGCAGGGUAGAUAGUGAAUCCGAUUUUGAAAAGUCGAGAAAGUAUCCUAAGAAAGAUGAUCGUAGACGCAGACAUGACAUUGAUGAUGAAAAAAGUGGUGAUAACAGCUCUAGCAGUGAUGAAUUAGUGAAGAGGCGCAGAGGUAGGAGGCACAGUACUGAUGAUAGUUCUGAAGAAGAAGGUGAAUAUUUUGGUAGAAGUGGUAAGAUAACCACAAAAGGAAAAAUAGAUGCUAAAAGGCAAGAUGAUUAUAGCAAUAAUUCUGAUGGUAGCUUAGCAGUUGAUAGAAAGGGCGAUGAUGAACACAAGAGAGCUAAGAAAUAUUCGUCUGGUGACGGUUUUAAUCUUGAGAAGGGAAGAAAAUUGAGCAGUGGAGCUCGUGAAAGAGGAAAAGGGAACUUAAACCAUCCAGAAGGUAGGAGACACAAUACUGAUGAUAAAUCUGAAGAAGAAGGUGAAUAUCUUGGUAGAAGUGGUAAGAUAGCUACAAAAAGAAAAAUGGAUGCUAAAAGGCAACAUGAUGACAGUGAGAAUUCUGAUGAUAGCCUAGCAGUUAAACACAAGAGAGCUAAGAAAUAUUCGUCAAGUGAUGAUUCUGAUCUAGAGAAGGGAGUAAAAUCAACUGAUGGAGCUCGUGAAAGAGGGAAAAACCGUGCAGAUGGUUUGGACAAGUUUAAGAAAGAUUCUAUCCAUGAGUUCAAUCAUGCAAGUCAACGUACAGAUAAAAUGAACAGCAAGAGAAAGCUUGAUGAAGGUCGUGAAAAUGAGCAAGAGCCAGAGUCAAAAUCUAGAAAUCGAAAUUCUGACCCCAAGAAAGAUUUCAAACAUGAUUCUGAAUCAAGCAGAAGAUCACGAAGUGGUAGGUACGAUGAGACAAGGGAUGGACGGUACAGGGAAGACUCCAAAAUUGACUCUGAAUCAAACACUAGAUCACGCUACAGUGCACACAAUGAGGAUGAUGACAGAAAGUCGACUCGAACAGGAAGCAGAUACACUGAAGAAACUGAGCAUGGAAGUAGACAUCAUCGCAAGGCUAACGAGUCUCAUCACCACCGCAGGACUGAUCAAGAUACUGAAGAGGAAAAAAGGCACAGCAGAUAUGAGGAGCCUAGAGGGAGAAAACAUGAAAGAGAUGAGGGUCUAAAAUCGAGCAGGGAAGUUGAAAGAGGGGAGUAUCAACCAAGUAGCAGGCAGAGAUCUGAGAAAGAUUAUGAAUCUACAAGAGAUAGGGAGGAUUCCCGAAAGAGGGCCAAAUAUGAAUCUCGAUCGAGCAGACAUGAUAAUCAUUAGGCUUGGGUUCAGUAUUCGUAUGUUUGCUUAUUGUUUAUUUCCUCUUUCCUUUAACGACAAUUUAUGUGAAAUAUUGUUUGCUUUCAGCUUGCUUCAUAGUUGCUACAGAAAAGCUUGUUACGGGCAGGGACAGAAAUGGAAUUGCUUUUUGUGUAUUGUUCAUUGUUGAAAUGUAUUCAUCAGGUUUUGGAAAGGCGAUCCAAUAUUUGAAUCCCAUUUGUGCUAGCAAGUUUGUUUGUAUGGGCAGAAGAUUCUGAGUUCCGGAGUAAAUUUUGAAGCUCUAUUGAAGUUCUUAUAA